UCCCACUUCAAAACCUCAUAGAGAGAGAGAGAGAGAGAGAGAGAGAGAGCGAGCAGAGCUCAGAGCAGCUGAAAUCGGACGGCGAAGCAGCUGACGGAUUGAGCUGCCGGCGAACGUUGCUCCAGUCUCGUCAUCUCUGGUGCUUCAAUAUUUGGUGACAAGACAAGACAAGACAAGACAUCCUCACUCUGCAUCGGUGGCUGGUGCAUUUCUGAAGUUGUGUUGGAGGAUCCUUCAAAUUGAAAUUUUUUGAGAGAAACAUAGUUCUAGGUGUUUUUAUGGGUUGCCGUCCUUCAAAGAUAUAUAAGCAAUUUCCUGGAAAUGAAGAGCCUACUGUCCUCGCCGCUGAAACCCCUUUUACUGUGAGUGAAGUAGAGGCGCUGUAUGUGCUCUUCAAGAAACUAAGCAGCUCAAUAAUUGAUGACGGCCUCAUACACAAGGAGGAGUUCCAGCUUGCAUUCUUCAGAAACAGAAAUAAGAGAAAUCUUUUUGCUGACAGGAUUUUCGAUCUGUUUGAUGUCAAGAGAAAUGAUGUCAUUGAGUUUGGGGAAUUUGUUAGAUCACUAGGUGUCUUUCACCCAAAUGCACCAACAGCUGAUAAAGUGAAAUUUGCUUUCAGAUUAUAUGACUUAAGGCGUACAGGAUUUAUUGAGCAAGAAGAGUUGAAGGAGAUGGUGUUGGCUUUUCUGCACGAAUCUGAUCUGGUCCUCUCUCGCGAUGUCGUGGAAACAAUUGUGGACAAGACAUUCAGCGAUGCCGACUCAAAAGGUGAUGGCAAGAUCGAUCUUGAGGAGUGGAAGGCAUUUGUGUCCAAGAACCCUUCUCUGAUCAAGAACAUGACCCUCCCUUACCUGAAGGACAUAACACUAGCAUUUCCAAGUUUUCUGAUGAGUUCCGAAGUCGAGGACUCAAUAAUAUAGGCUUCUUGGAAGGGCAUGCUUUCGUGGAGGUACGAAGGAGACAUACUGGGAUUGUUUCCAAAUCAACAACUGUCAUGCGACUGGCUCCAAGAAAGAUCACUGAGUUCGUGCAACAGACAUUACACAAGGAUGUAUCCACUGACUUGUAUCGGUAUAGCCAUCUCCAAUUCUACAAUCUGUCCAGGUUUAUUAUGGGACUGAUUGGUUUUACUAUGUAUAUAUAUAUAUAUAUAUAUAUAUAAAGAGAGAGAGAGAGAUAUAGAGGAUUAACAUGUGUAAAUCCCUGAAAUUUUGUCUGUAACUUUUGUUUAUAUGGUUCUGUAAAACCUGUAGUUUCUGUUGCCUGUUGGUGUCUGAUGAUCUUCACCCGGUUUAUUCUUUGGGAUUGAAUUGAAUGGGAAUAUUAAUCCUAGCCUCUUUAUCGGGCUUUUUGCUCGGGAUCCA